GCGCUGUGCAUCGAUGGGUUGCCGGGUGGUUACUACUUCCGCGCGGGCGCUGCGACGACCAAGUGGUACAUCCACCACGAGGGCGGCGGCUGGUGCCAGAUGGAGCGGCCCUACGAGAGCUGGCCCAACGACAACUGCGCCGCGCGCCGGUCGACGCGGCUCGGCUCGCUCGAGGGCGACCCCGCGGCCGCGGACUGGACGUCGACGACGGGCUGCGCGGGCUGCUCCGACGACGCGGCCAUCAACCCGUUGAUGCACGACUGGAACAACGUCUACGUUCGCUACUGCGACGGCGGCUCCUUCUCCGGGACCGCCGACGUCGCCGCGCCCAACGGCACGCUCUACUUCCGGGGCAAGCGCGUCCUUCGGGCCGUCGUCGACUCCCUGAUGGCGCGCGGCCUCGGCGCGGCGACGGACGUGGUCGUCGGCGGGUCGUCUGCCGGCGGCUUAGCCGUCAUUCUGCACCUGGACUACUGGCGGUCGAGGCUCCCGCGGACCGCGACGGUCGUAGGAUUGGCCGAUUCGGGAUUCUUUCUCGACUGGAAACAAAACGGCACGUCGGCGCACUCCUACGACGAAGACCUGAGGUGGGGCUUCGAGCACAUGCGCUACGACGUCGACUGCGACGCCGGCGCCGACUGCGCGUUCGCCGAGCACGCGCUGGCGCGCGUCCGAACGCCCGUCUUCCUGCUCCAGACCACCUACGAUUCGUGGCAAUUGCAA